UUAUUGCUAAUCCCGUCUUUCCCCGGAAAAGCAAAAAAACGAGUCGUUUAACGGAAAUGCAUACAAACAGAAACAGAGAGUAAGAACUUUUUCAAUCGAAGAUCAAAUCUAGGAUUAGUGCAGGGUUCUGAAAAGAGGGGAGAGCCGAAAUGGAAGGCUGGGACCCGAACACGAAGUCGACGCUGACGCAGAUCCCGCUAUUGACGACGAAGGCGGGCCCCAGAGACGGAGCGGCAUGGACUCAGAGGCUGAAAGAGGAGUACAGGGCUCUGAUCGCCUACACGCAGAUGAACAAGUCCAACGACAACGAUUGGUUUCGGAUCUCCGCAGCCAAUCCCGAAGGGACACGCUGGACUGGCAAGUGCUGGUACGUCCAUAACCUGCUCAAAUACGAGUUCGAUCUCCAGUUUGAUAUCCCCGUUACUUAUCCGGCCACUGCUCCCGAGAUCGAGUUGCCCGAACUCGACGGCAAGACUCAGAAGAUGUACAGAGGAGGGAAGAUAUGUUUGACCGUGCAUUUCAAGCCACUUUGGGCUAAAAAUUGUCCUAGGUUUGGUAUAGCACAUGCACUUUGUUUGGGUCUAGCUCCAUGGCUUGCUGCAGAGAUUCCCAUUCUUGUGGAUUCUGGUAUGAUCAAGCACAAAGAUGAUGCGGCCUCAUCUAAUGAGUCUUAGUAUUUUUCAUGUUAAAAAUGUACCUUGAGUUUCAGAAAUAAACGUGCAGGCAAAAAAUUGUACAAUUUACAGAAUGUCUCUUGAAAGUGGUGAAUUUAUCUGUCAUCUGACCUGAUAGAUACUGUUGAAGCUUCUUAAUUUCAUAGUUUUUAAAUGCAAAUAGGAUCCAAUAUUAUUUUUCA